GGCCAUAUCCCAGCAAGGCGGCGGGACCAACGAAGAAGAACGUGACUUCCGCAUACGUCUCCACGCGUUUUUUUGUUUUUUUUUCUUCCCCUCUUUUCCCUUUUCUGAAAAUGGUGAAAGUGAAGGACAAACGUCGGCAGAACGUCAGCGUGGCCACUGAGAUCGAGCGCUUGGAGGAGCGGCGCGCGCGUUGCCAUGACAAAUUGGAAGAGGCCCAUUUCAGGAGCAGGAAGGCCGAGUUGUCCGCGGAGGAGAGGCAUCAACUGGAAAAGCAAAGGGCAACCAUAACGGAACGGAUGCAAAAUUUAGACAAGGAGUUGCGGCAAUUACGAGCGCAGAACAGGACCAACGCCAUGCUGUCGGUGGCUGUGCUGGCCGUCUGCGCUCUCUUCUACUUCAUCUUCGUCGUCUACGACCACCACCGACACUCGUGACCGCAAAUUGCAACCGGUUGUUGUUCUUCUUUUGUAUCUUUUGCCCAUCUAAAUAUGAUCUCAGGGAAAUCCUGACCAAAGCGGGUGCUACUAAUCACAGAGGCGCCCUCCUGGGAAGGAGGAGAGUCUACAGGUUGCAGCCACAAAUGAGCCCGAGCGACCUUUGUUGCCUUUUGACGGCUUGUCAAAUGAAAGCGGCCUUUCCGAUUGCGGCUAUUCAUGAAGCUUGGCUUUAUGACUAGAUUUUGUUUCCCAUUCAAAGUCAAUUUUCUGCUUCAUUCUGUGACUCACUGCUUCAAACUACACAUGUGCUAAUAUUUGGUAUCCUAACAGUGCAAUAAAAGUGUUGAGCCAAAA